CUCAGGCGGGUUAGUGGGGCUCCAGCUGGUGGGUUGCAGCGGGGAGGCCGGCGAGCGGGCCGGGGCUCCUCCUUCUCAGAGCGCUGGAGAAGCAGGGAGCUGAGCGGGCCUUGUCAUUCUAACAGAGGCUGAGCCGGCGUCGCCUGCUCGCGAGCUGGGUGCAGCCGCGGCCGCAGGGCUGCCCUCCGGAGAAGAGUUGACCCUACUCGCCCGGCGAGGCCAGCCAGCCAGCCAGCCUGGGCCCUGACCGUCUCCACCCUCAGCGCUCUGAGGGACCAUGGCAACCUCGGGAGUGGAGAAGAGCAGCAAGAAAAAGACGGAGAAAAAACUGGCCGCUCGGGAAGAAGCCAAAUUGUUGGCGGGCUUCAUGGGCGUCAUGAACAACAUGAGAAAACAGAAAACUCUGUGUGAUGUGAUCCUCAUGGUCCAGGAGAGGAAGAUUCCUGCACAUCGCGUCGUCCUGGCCGCAGCCAGCCACUUCUUUAACUUAAUGUUCACAACAAACAUGCUUGAGUCUAAGUCCUUUGAAGUGGAGCUCAAAGACGCUGAACCAGACAUUAUUGAACAACUCGUGGAGUUUGCUUAUACUGCUAGAAUUUCUGUGAAUAGCAACAAUGUUCAGUCCUUGCUGGAUGCGGCAAACCAGUACCAGAUUGAACCUGUGAAGAAAAUGUGUGUUGAUUUUUUGAAGGAGCAAGUUGAUGCUUCAAAUUGUCUUGGUAUAAGCGUGCUAGCAGAGUGUCUGGACUGUCCUGAGUUGAAAGCCACUGCAGAUGACUUUAUCCAUCAGCACUUUACUGAAGUUUACAAAACUGAUGAAUUUCUCCAACUUGACGUCAAGCGUGUAACCCAUCUUCUGAACCAGGACACUCUGACUGUGAGGGCAGAGGAUCAGGUGUAUGAUGCUGCAGUCAGGUGGCUGAAAUACGACGAACCCAACCGCCAGCCUUUCAUGGUGGAUAUCCUUGCUAAAGUCAGGUUCCCUCUUAUAUCCAAGAACUUCUUAAGUAAAACAGUACAAGCUGAACCACUGAUUCAAGACAAUCCUGAAUGCCUUAAGAUGGUGAUAAGUGGAAUGAGGUACCACCUCCUGUCUCCGGAGGAUCGAGAGGAACUGGUGGACGGAACAAGGCCAAGGAGAAAGAAACACGACUACCGCAUAGCCCUGUUUGGAGGUUCCCAACCACAGUCUUGUAGAUAUUUUAAUCCAAAGGACUAUAGCUGGACGGACAUCCGCUGCCCCUUUGAAAAACGGAGAGACGCAGCGUGCGUGUUUUGGGACAAUGUGGUGUACAUUCUGGGAGGCUCUCAGCUUUUCCCCAUAAAGCGAAUGGACUGCUACAACGUGGUCAAGGACAGCUGGUAUUCCAAACUUGGACCUCCAACCCCGCGAGACAGCCUGGCUGCCUGUGCCGCAGAAGGCAAGAUUUACACGUCAGGAGGUUCCGAAGUAGGAAACUCAGCUCUGUACCUGUUUGAGUGCUAUGAUACACGAACAGAAAGCUGGCAUACCAAGCCCAGCAUGCUGACCCAACGCUGCAGCCAUGGGAUGGUGGAAGCCAACGGCCUCAUCUAUGUGUGUGGGGGCAGCUUAGGGAACAACGUCUCUGGGCGAGUUCUGAAUUCCUGCGAAGUCUAUGACCCUGCCACCGAAACAUGGACAGAGCUGUGUCCAAUGAUUGAGGCCAGGAAGAACCACGGGCUGGUUUUUGUCAAAGACAAGAUAUUUGCUGUGGGCGGUCAGAACGGCUUAGGUGGUCUCGACAACGUCGAAUACUACGAUAUUAAAUUGAAUGAGUGGAAGAUGGUCUCCCCCAUGCCCUGGAAGGGCGUGACGGUGAAGUGUGCAGCCGUCGGCUCUGUAGUUUAUGUCUUGGCCGGUUUUCAAGGCGUCGGCCGGUUAGGACACAUCCUCGAAUACAACACCGAAACAGACAAAUGGGUCGCCAACUCCAAAGUGCGUGCUUUCCCAGUCACGAGUUGCUUAAUUUGUGUCGUUGAUACCUGUGGCGCGAAUGAAGAGACCCUUGAAACAUGAGAACUGAGUGGGCCCCAAGAGUCUGCAGACACUGAGAACAUGCGGUUACCCCGUGCUGUGUCCUUAGGGUUUGGUUGCAAAGUUGUGACUUGAUGUUUAGUUUAAGUGAAAUCCCUAUAAAAUUGAUAGUUCUUUUAUAUGGAUCUCCUCACCGAAUUCAAAGACCAUGUUUUAGCUGACCAAAUAGAUAAGAAGAUAUCUAGCAAGAAAAUUGAAAAAGCUACAUGUAUUUGGUGGAAAUACCAAAUUUCUGGAAUGAAUUUCACAUUUGUGACUAUGAUGACGCCAGAGUGAGGACGUGGCACACUGGCAGAGCGGUCUCGGCUUGACUGCGAUUCUAUUUUCAUACAUGAUGCAAGUGCUCUGUAAUUAGAUCUGUCUCUUUCUGUUUUGUCAAGAUCUGAGAGUAUGAAAUUUCAUCCGAGUUGGCAACCCUGAUGGAGUCCCUUAGUCUCAUGUAUCUUCACUUGCUUGUCUUCAUUUGUUUCCUUUAGUGCCAAAUGUAUUCCAUCUUGCAAGGAAGUCUUACAAGAAUAAGUCCUACAUUUGCACAGAAGUUCAUGAACUAUGUUUUUGGGAGGUUAACUGUGUGCCCAACCCCUUGUCAAAUAUAUUUAAUCUAAUUAAAUAGAUACCAUCAUUUUAACUUGAUGGUUAGCCUAGCGCCCAUCAUUAUUUAUGUCGCUGUGUUCAUGCAGUGGUUCACGAAAAUCUCUGCCUCUUGAGUCCUCACUGUUAAAUGCCAUCAUAGUAUGAUCAACUAAGAUAAGACUAUUUAUAGCAAUUGUGUAGAUCAUUAGGAAAGCCUUGUACCACAUCGUUUACUUUGAACUAUGAAUUACAAAGAUACAUGAUCUUUCUUUUUUCCUUAGCCAGACACAUCUGCUGAUUGACCCAGUUGUCUGGAAAAGCUUCAUAAUAAUUUAAAAUCUGCGUAUUCAAUUCAUUGCUUCUUUACGGUCAGUAGAGCCUUUACCACCUCAGUUAAGCAUUUCUUUGUUUGCAGUGUUUUGCCCUUCUCACUAUGGAAUGAGCCAUGUAAAGCUGUCACCCUCUAUGUUUUUAUCUGAUAAUAUUAAAUAUUUUUUAACUUAAAA